GUGGGUGGGUAAGAGCCCCGAAGCGAUCGUAUUAUUAUUACGAAUGGUUUAUCGUUCUUCGAAAAUGCAUGUAACGAGUGCGUGUACGUGGUGAGAUACGUAGUGACCGAGCAAACGCGAAAAUUAAUAAAAUUCUGUGUAACUUUAUCUGUUUAUCGUGCACCGGUCCACCCCCUACUUACAUAUCAGUUGGUGUAUGCGUGUGUGUUUUUCACUAUGUAUGUACGUAAGGUUGUCGAAUCGAACUUACAAGGUGUCGAAUAAAAUUAGUAAACGCAGUAAGGGCGAUAUCCUAGUUGAUGCCACUUGGCUUUUGCAUAUCUUUCAUUAUGCUUAGCUGUAAGUGCGAUUACGGUAAUUCGUAAAAGAAGGAGAGGAGAAUCGAGCCGUUGGGCGAAAAUGGCUGAAGAAAACGGUUCGAAUUCGGAAGUCGGUUCCCAGGAGAAUCUAACAGCUGAUGUAAUAAAUUUGGAAAUCGAGGAGCUGGAUGAUGUCGAAUAUGCCAUUCCUGCAGUUGACAAGUUGCCGUCCUUGGAGAGCAUACUCGCAGAGCCUGAUUGUGGCUCGCUGUCUGGGACAGAUGACGACACAGGUCUGGUUUCUUUGGAGAAAUUGUCGACUAGCGAGACCGUCAGCGUGGGCAGUUUAUUGUCCCUUAAUUCGCCGAGUAGACCAAAGUCUCGUCAACCAGUUUUGUCAAGCAUCAUUCUUCGUCACGUGAUUCUAAAGGGAAUUUGUGCUCAAAUUGCCUCUGCCAGUGACAAAAUAAACGCCGGGCUUGCCAGUGCAGUGGCAGCAGGUGGCAAUAUGAUGGCAAUCGGUACUAGUCACGGUCUUAUACUGGAUUUCGAUUCCGCUCAAACACUAAAAUGGUGUCAUCGCGAUACAAGGCAUCAAGGAUCCGUUUCGGCUCUUUGCUUCAAUCACGACGGGACUAGAAUUCUUGCUGGUUUUGCCAAAGGCUACAUUCUUAUGAUCGACAGUUCCAAUGGCAAAAUACUAAGAACGUUAACCGACGUUCAUCCACCGGGAACCGCUGUUCUUCACGUUAAGUUUACAGAUUCUCCAAAAUUGGCUCUAUGCAGCGACAGUGGUGGCUCCGUGUUUGAACUGACUUUCACAAGAACAAUAGGCGUAAGAGGCUGCGAGAGUAAAUGCCUAUUCAGUGGCUCUCGAGGUGAAGUUUGCAGUCUCGAACCCCUACUUUUAGACGAACUAGCCAUACAUCCACUGAAAAACUACACGCUGGUUGCAAUGGCUACCCUAUCCAAAGUUAUCGUUGUCUGCAUAAGGCCUAGAAUGCGCGUCGUUCUAACUCAUCCAUUAAACGGCGCUGCGAUAGCACCACCGCAGGUUGCUUGGCAAUUGGUCGUUAUUCGUUCCGUUGAUGCCACGAGGAUAAUCGAUCCCGUCCUAGCUCUUGGACGUGACAACGUUAUACAUUUCUACCAAGUAUGCAGCGAAGUUGGAAUGCGAGUUAGACUGACGCCCCUGCGACGCAUCAUUUUAACCUACACGAUGAGCAACUUGCGCUGGCUAAACUCGAGGUCAUUGGCUGUGCUGGACAUUCACGAGAAACUCCAUCUGCUCGACGUGCGCACGCAGGAGAACCUCGAGAUCCUCGACGUGAGCAACGUCGGACUGUCCUACGCAUCGAGCCACUUUAAGGGUCUGUCGACCGGGGGCAACGUGUCAAAGGCGAUGGCCCUGGCUGGGGAACGGGCCUGCUAUAACACAGUCAUAACGUUCGGAUCGCAGCUCCUGCUCCUGGGCAUGAAGAGUUUGCACGCCAUUUGCGUGAGGACGUGGACCGAACGAUUGCGCUACUUGACGAUGCAGAAACGCUUCCGCGAGGCGCUCGAACUCGGCCUGGACUUCUACAGGGACAAGGCCAAGGCCGUGGUCGGCCUGCACGGCUCGAAGCAGCGACGCAAGCAAAUCGUCCAGGAUAAGGUGUGCCAGGUGCUAGUGAGGUAUAUGGACGAGCUGCCGAGUUCCCCGGAGGGCAGUAAUGUCGAGCUCGAGAUCGUCGCUACUUGCGUCGAGUACUGCGUGCAGCUCGAGAGCGUCGACCUCCUCUUCGGCAAGCUCUGGGAUCUCGUUUACGAGUCGGAAAGCCUGCGGGCGGGCUACCUGAGGGCACUCGAGUCGCCCCUCCUCGAAGCCAACCUACCUCCCCGGCUCCCACCGUUCGUCGCCCAACAACUCGUCGCCCUUUACAAUCGGGAGGACAGGCUCGAGUCCCUGCAGGCCAUCAUUAUUUUGCUCCAUGUCGACUGCCUCGACAUCCAUCAAGUGACGACGAUUUGUAACGAGCGUGGCCUAUGGGAGGCUCUGAUUCAUCUGCAAACGGCAGCUUUAUGCGACUAUACCGCGCCGAUUCACCAGCUGGUGCCCGUCCUGGGUAAGCACCUCCUCGCCAACGUCGAUAGCGCCCAACCGUGGGACUGUAUAAACCUGGGCAAUGCUCUCCUCGUGUACACCAGCUGCUGCCUCACCGGGCGCCAGUUCCCUAGGAAGAGCGAGCUCCCCGAGAGUCUACCUCGCAAAGUCAAGGCCGACGUUUUGAGGGCGCUCCUCUCCCAGCACUCGAGUCUGGCCAGCGACGCCGAGAGACAGUACCCGUAUCUCCGCACCCUUCUCAGAUUCGACGCCAAGGGAUUCCUCGAUGCGAUCGCCAUGGCUUUUCAGGAGCCCGAAUUCACCUCGGAAAUGGGCUUGAGGCAGCGCCAGAGGGUCGUCGACAUAUUAUUCAACAUAGUGACGGCGAGCACGCCACAGGUCCCCGAGAGCUCGGAUUACUUGACCAACGAGCAGAAAAUAUUCGUACUAGUAUUCAUCGUCGACGAGAUCGUCGAGUGUACGGUGAACUUGGAAACAAAUUCGUUGUUUAGAAUUGUCGAGAUACUUUGCCUAGAGACGAGCGGCGAUCAUAAAUCCAAGAGGGAAAACGCAAUAUUGAAAUUGAUCCACGGAAAUAAGCUCAAUAGCUUCGCGGAGACCACACUCCUAAAUCUCACCCACAAGGCUAAUUUUUUGCGCGUAUCGGAGCUACUGCACACGAAUCGCGGCGACUGGAAAUCGGUGUGUGAGUGUAUGAUAGCCGAUCCAGCGAGGCACCCGGAGAUCCCGCUGCUGCUCCAGCAAUUGCCGACGAUACAGCUCGGUGAGAUAAUGAUGAAGCAGGCGCGCGACCUGGUGAGUAUCGAUGCUCCGGGCCUCGCGGGCAUCAUCGUCGCGCGUCUGGCCGACGAGACGGAUCGCAUACUCGAAGCCGUCCACGACGAUCCUCGGAGCGAGUACGCGUUACUCGCCGCGCUUUACGGGUACACCGAGGGUGGCAAGAGGGAGCUGGAGGCCACGGUCGACAAGGCGUACGAGGAGGAGGAGGAGGAGGAGGAGGAAAACCGUAGCGGCCCAAAGUCGGAGCUGUCGCAGUCGAACCUCCAACGUUUUCUCGAAUUGAUGUGCGAAUUCGAGCCCGAACGGGUGGAACAAAAAGAAAAAACAAAACAACCGAUAUCGCUCACAUACAUACAUCCAUUACAGGUUUUGAGGCAUUUACGAGGUUCUUACGGCUGUGAAUUAGAGGACGCGUUAAAAAUAGUUCGACUGGCUAAUCGCAAAGACGCGGAAGCCACGCUGCUGGAGCAAUCGGCAAAUUAUCAGGGUGCUUUCGAUCUCUUGCUGGGUCGACUUACGGAGAUAACGAAGCAGUUUGAUGGUGAUAAAUCGAGAGAGGAGGAAGCGAUUAGUGUAACGGCGCAACUAGCUGGUCUGUGCAGAAGGUCGGCGGGCACACUCGAUUGGCUACCGCUUGUCGAGAUCACAUUGAGCUUGCAAUCGGCUCGCAGCGAGGCUCAUAAGAGCAGCCGGGCUUUGAGCGAGAAGCUGCUGAAAAUAAUUUUGGAAAGUCUUAGCGGCACGACCGCUUUAUCGACCGUACUCGAGCAUAUCUUGAAGCAGCCCUUAUCGACCGGCGGGACGAUGGGCGACGUGAGAAAGCUCCUCACCGACGUUUUAACCCAGUCGAGGUACGAGGAAGUUCUCGUGCAGACAACGGCGAGACUAGUUGGCCUGGAAUUGCACGAGGCAUUGAAAAAAUCGUUGAGGGAAGCUGGCAAAGCGCGCGUUAGUAGCUCACUCGUUUGCCCAGUUUGCAGAAGGAUUCUGUCGCAUACUGCCGAUUGCAUAGUGAUAUUAAAUUGUAAUCAUACAUAUCAUGCGGAGUGUUUAUCAGAGCCGAAGCUGUGCUACGAAUGUUUAAAUACGAAAGGAUGGUCACACCCAAUUACGGACUUUUCACCUCCCACGCCUCAAAGCGCGGAUAGCCAAGCAACUCAGGAAAGAAGAAAGCUGGAGCCACCGGCAUUUAUGCAGAAUAAACUUACCUCCUUGAGGCUCGCACCACCAGUUCCUUGGCCAGAUCUCGAGGACGUUUUAUAGUCUAGUCAUUAUUCAUUAUUGGACAAUGUAAUCGAAGCUAUUAUAUUUGAGAAUCCAUUAAGUCCAAUCUAAGUCAGCGCGUGGUAUCGCAACUCGAUAUACUCGACACCCCUUUGUACAUUUGUAUGUAUAAGAUAAGCAUAUGUAAAUUAAUUUGUCCGUUAUAAAAAUAAAAGUAAUAUAUCUGUUCUCGAAAGUAGAGUGUAAUUAUUCGUAUCUUUAAUGUUAUGUAAUUUAUCAUUAAAAUAUGUUAUUCUAAAUUAAUAAAUUGUCCUUGG